AUGACGACGACGACGGCGGCGGCGUUCUCAAUCAUUGUGGUGGCGCUGACGGUAUGCAGCCAAUGCGCUGCCGGCGAACCAACGAUUCGCGCCAAACGCCAAUUGUCGCCGGCGACCGCACUCGAGACCGACUAUCUCGCCGCGCUCUACGGCUACGAGGGCUCGCCGUUCAAACGAGCCAACAAUCUGCGAAGCGAGAAGCGCCAAAUCUCGCCGUCGUAUGACGUCGAGGUGAACGCCGGCAAUUUGCGCAAUUUGCUCGACAUCGGCAAACGACAAGUGUCAGUUGCCAGCGAUUACGGCGAUCAGUUCCAGAUGUACAACCGCCUAUUCGACGCCGGCAAAAAACGAAAACGCUCGAGCGUCAUCUCGCCGGCGUACAACUUCCAGACGAGCCUCGGCCUCAGCGAAGCGCUCGAACGCGCCGGAUAG